AUUCGGGUCAGCUACACGUCCUCGCGAGUGAAAAAAAAAAAAAAAAAAGAGGAGAAAAAAGAAACGGGUCGCGGUGGCGUCGACGCGCGAUAUUCGGACACUCCGGAUCAUCCGUCCUGUUAUCGGCGAAAGGAGGGGUGAGAGAGACACUCGGAUGUGGCAAUCGUGUCCGGACGAUCGCGAACGGACGGUCUCUCGGCGGCUACGGUCGCCGUCGCUCAUCGCGCCGAGUUUGCCGUCAAAUGCAGCCGCGCCGAGGAAGCGGCCUGGCGGUUACGUCGCCGUCGACAAUGCCGAUGUCGUCCUCGCGUUGUCUUCUCGAUCGUUACCGUCGUCAUCGCCUCGCGAUCCAGAUCGGACGCUCGUGUUUUAAUCGAACCGGUUUUCGGCCGAUGUGUUUCCACAAGUUUGCGUCGAAGCGGGAGCACAGCUGUCGUAGCUUUUAAACGUUUGCGCAAAAGUUCGAACAGGAUCAUUUUCGUGUCUCCGGGCAGUCAGAACGUAGUCGAGAAAAAGACUAGAGAGAGAGAGAGAGAGAGAGAGAGAGAGAGAGAGAGAUUAUACUCGGAGUGAUUACCGGGACGCAACUGUCAUUUUUGACAUUUGGAACAGCUGACGAAUCGAAGCUUUUUGUCCACGAGGAAUUUCAAACGGGAUCAUUGCGGAUCUUUGCAAAAUUUUUUAUACCGACGGAAAUUGGCAUUCACAAUAUCGUGUCCACGCCGCGUAAAAAAGUAUCGUUUUGUAUCUUAGAGAUAUCAGUGAAAACGUUCUGUUCUGGAGUAGAGAGAGAAAGAGAGAAAGAAUAGAUGGUCGACAAGAACUAUAUCGACAAGUGCACAUAUAUGACGUGAAGAAGCUUAUAUUAGACAAAAGAGUGUUAUUGUGUGUCUUAAAAGAAGGCAGAACUCCGUAAGGCGUAUAUAUAUUGUAUAUAAAAACCAUUAAGAAGAAACUAUUAAGAAUCCAUCCAUCACAUUUUCGACAUUGAAGCGUCAAAAAGAAUGCUACCUCCGGCCGCCAUGCAUUUAGAACAAAGAAUGGGCAAUGACAGGCCAGCAGUGGCUCCGUACUACGAUCGACGCUCCGCAGCCGCGACAGGAGCUCCGGUGGGAGCUCUGCCACCCGCACCUCGAGCGUCCAGCAGCACGGAUGACGAUCAUAGCGGAUUAUCGGAAACAGAAAACAUCUCGCCGGAUACGUCGCCUGACAUUCACCGAAAUCACCACAACGCGUCCGGCCAGGAUUCCUCGCGUAGGAAACGCCGCGGAAACCUACCUAAGGAAGCGGUGAAUAUCCUCAAGCGUUGGCUGAUCGAGCACAGAUACAACGCUUAUCCGAGCGAGAGCGAGAAGUCGAAUCUCAGCGAGCAAACCUCGCUCUCAGUCCUUCAGGUUUGCAACUGGUUCAUAAAUGCCAGGCGGCGUAUCUUGCCCGAUUUAUUGCGCAAGGAUGGCAAGGAUCCUCUCCAUUACACGAUAUCGCGCCGCGCUCGUCGUAGUGUGCAGGCUGGCGUUCAUCGACAAGGCCGAAGGUCUGAUUCGUCCGAGCUGAUCGAGGUACCGAGGUCCCAGAAUUGGGAUUUACAUGCCGUGGACAGGACGGCCGCGUCGGCGCAGCAUCUCGAGAGAGAUCACGAUUACGACGAGGAACAUGCGUAUCGAAGCGAGGACAGCCCGAACGAUUACGAGAGCAGUCCGAACGAUUAUCACAGCGAGGACGAACGUCCUUCGAUACGAUGGCCCAACGUAAUCGUUCGCCCCUAUGCGGAAGCCCAAGUCGAGCAGUUAGACGGCGACGAUAUUUCUCAUCCUCCUGCUCGACGAAGGGAUGACAAUAAUUCUGACAGUUCCCACGACAACUCCAGCGGCGAACCCGCUGCGUAUUGGAGCGCCCCUCGAGAGCACCUCUCAGCAACGCCCGGUGUUCAGCAGCAACAGCAAAUCGAAAUUCACUAUCGUGGUCUGCCGCCGCGGACUCUCGAGAACGCCUAUGCUCACCAGGACAACGGGGACUCCUUCAGGAUGCUCGUGGAGAUUGCUGUAGCCAGUCCGUACGAGCCUCCGAGGCAACGACCGCCAUCAGCCGAUCCCUAAACGAACAGAAGAGGGAAGGCUUCCACCAUUGCCAGUGACAAGGACAACGAAGAACAAGAAUGAUGUCCCUCGCGUGUUGGGUGACUACAAGAUAGAGGGAAAUAUUUAAUGAAUUUUUGAUUUUUCUUCUGUUGUCCAUAAAAAGGAUAGAAAAGAAAAAAAAACACAAAAAACGAAAAUUC